CUCAAGUGUAAUGAAGAGCACCAGCCAAGCCCUAGGGUCCAUCCCUGGCUUCUGUUACCCACAGAGAGACAGGCCCUUGGCUCUCUUCCACUGUGACCUCAGCUUCCAGUCUUCCUUUCUGAUAGACAAUUUUUCAUUUCAAGGAAAUCAGAGCCCUAGUUCAAUGAGGUCACUUUGCUGAGCACAGUACCAUACCCUUCAGCUUCUGCUCCACAGAGCCUAAGCAAAAGAUAGAAACUCACAGCUUCCUUCUCUUGUUAUGUGGAAAUCACCCCAGGAUCUGGUGUCUACUUACCAUACUCAGGGUCUUACUUUCAUCCUUCCUUGAUUGUGACCCUGCCCAGGCUCUCUGCUCCCUAUAAAAGGCAGGCAGAGCUGCCAGAGGAGCAGAGAGGGUGAAAACAACCCAGAAACCACUUCUCAUGCUGAAGCUCACACCCUUGCCUUCCAACAUGAAGGUUUCUGCAGCACUUCUGUAUCUGCUGCUCGUGGCAGCCACCUUCAGCUCCCAGGGACUUACUCAGCCAGAUGCAGUUUCCAUUCCAAUCACCUGCUGCUUUAAUGUGAUCAAUAAGAAAAUUCCUAUCCUGAGGCUGGAGAGUUAUACAAGAAUCAGCAACAUCCAGUGUCCCCAGGAAACUGUGAUCUUCAAGACCAAAUGGGGCAGGGAGGCCUGUGCUGACCCCAAGGAGAAAUGGGUCAGAGAUUCCAUGAAGCAUCGGGACCAAAUAUCCCCAAAUCUGAAGCCUUGAGCCUUCACACCUGAACUAAGAAUCAGAGCCUGAAGAAAACCUUAUUUAUCUUCUCCAAGUUUCCCCAGGUACAGUGUGACAUUAUUUUAUUACCACUUCCGCAAAGAGAUUCUUUUUAAAUAAUUUAAAGCACCAUAUUUCUUAAAUAAUAUUUAAUUAUAUUUAAGUUAUUGUUGUUUUAACUCUAUCUGCCAUACAUCCUGGUGAAUGUGAAAUACAAAAUCCUGGAGAUGUCUUUUUUGUUUUUGUUUUCCCGUGAGCUCAAUUAAGUUCACGGCAAAAGUCAUUGUCCUCCCUCCUACCUGUCUGUAGUGUUGCGAGGUCCUCCCAUGGAUCAUCGGGGUGAAACACUUUGGUAUUCUUUGGCAAUCCAUGCUCCUGUAAGUCAAAUGUGUGCUUUGUACUGCUGCAGUUGAAAUUAAUGUUACUGUAUAUAACUACAGAAUUUUGAAAGAAUUUUCAAAAAGAAAAAUAUAUAUAAUUUAAAACUA